GUUAAGUUGCAAAAGGAGACAGGAAACUGUGUUGCUUACCUAGCUGGGCAGGAUAAAAGAAGUCAGCUUAUCGGCGUUGUGUGACUGGUUAUGGUGGGGAACUGUACCAACCAACGAAGCUCACAUUUUGUUUGAUUCUGCGUCAAAUUCACAAAGAAAAUGUAACAGUUCACCCAAUAACAGGAAUCUGGCAGAAUGAAGUGAGAUGUUCUUGUUCACUUUACUUCUGUCUUGCCUUUCACACCGCCCCAUCACUUCAAAACGGGUAGCGUUGCAAUUAGCUGUAGCUUCAUGUGAUGGGGGAUGUGGAGGGGGAUGAGUUGGAGGCUGUGCGGAGCAUCCUGGUGGAGGUGCAGCUGGGGCAAUUCUUCACUCGUGUUAGGGAUGACCUUCAGGUGACGCGACUCAGCCACUUUGAAUAUGUCCAGCUGGAGGACCUUGAGCGCAUUGGGCUUGGCAAGCCUGCUGCGCGCCGCUUACUGGAGGCAGUCAAGAAGCGACGCACUGCAGCAUGGAUGAAGAGCUUAGUGUCUCGGAUCCUUCCCUCCACCACUGGCUCCUCCAGUCAGGGCAAAAGCAAGGCAUCUGCUGUAUCAGAUGACUCACACACACUAGGCCUCACCUGCCUCAUUCCUGAACAGGAGCUUAUGCUGGGCCAGAAGAUUGGAGAUGGCAGCUUUGGGGUUGUUAAGAAGGCUCAGUGGACAAGUUCAGGAGGCCAAAUGAAGGAGGUGGCAGUCAAGAUACUGAAGCAAGAUGUCCUCCAUGUGCCAGGGACAUUAGAUGACUUCAUCAAGGAGGUGCAGGCCAUGCAUCAGCUGUCGCACUCCAAUCUGAUCCUACUGUUUGGUAUUGUCCUUUCCAACCCUCUGAUGAUGGUGACAGAGCUGGCACCUCUUGGCUCCCUCCUUGACUAUCUCCGCAAACAGCUCUGUCACAUCUCAGUCCUGACUCUGUGUAACUACUCUGUACAAAUAGCCAAUGGGAUGAAGUAUUUGGAGAGCCGACGCUUUAUACACCGUGACCUGGCUGCUCGGAAUGUCCUCAUGGCCUCAGUGGAUAAGCUCAAGAUUGGUGACUUUGGCUUGAUGCGGGCACUACCCCAGCAGGAGGACUGUUAUGUCAUGAGUGAACAGAAAAAGGUCCCGUUCCCAUGGUGUGCCCCAGAAUCCCUUAAAAGCAAGCAUUUCUCACAUGCCUCAGAUGUAUGGAUGUAUGGGGUGACAUUGUGGGAGAUGUUUUCUUUUGGUGAGGACCCAUGGGCAGGGCUCAAUGGACAGCAGAUACUGAGGAAGAUAGACCAGGAAGGAGAGCGUCUCACCUGCCCUGCUGCCUGCCCUGCUGAUAUUUAUACCUUGCUCUUGGAGUGCUGGGCACAAGACCCAUCAGCAAGACCAACCUUUGGUCAGGUGUACCAGCGGGUGUCUGCCAUCAUGCCGGACACACUGAAGGUGGUGCAGGUGUGGGAGGAGGAGGGUGGCCUAGGUGUGCAGGUGAAUGAUGUUGUUGCCGUUAUUGAUGGAAGAGCGGAGGACUACUGGUGGAAGGGCCAGAACCAGAGGACCUUCUGUAUUGGCAAGUUUCCACGCUGCAUAACAAAUCCACGGAGACCCCUUGCCAACCAGGACAUCAGCAAGCCUCUGGACCACUCUUUCAUCCACACAGGUCAUGGAGGCAUUCGUGGCAAGACAUGGGGGAGUCCAGCCUUCAUUGAUCCCAUGUACCUCGGCAACCCCAUGCAGCCCCAUGACAAGAUGGGUUCCGUCACUUCCCGCAGAGACAAGCCUCAGUCCCUGCGGCUCAAACACGGACAGCAGCGGCAGUUCAACUAUGGCCGAUUGGUCAAUGAGAAGGGCCCUGAAGAUUCACCUCGUGCACAAACCCUGAAGAACCCCAAGAAGACUUCAAAGGGCAGAGAUGAGAUCCUGAUUGACCUCUCAGAGAGUGGUCACCAGAGGUCCCACUCCUUCACAGACCUUCGGCCGGGUGGUAUAGGAGAAGUUAAUGGACAGCUGAGGGGAAGCCUAUCCUCCCUGUAUGACCCAGUUUCCUCAGCCUUCCCAGAAUACUGCAACAUCAACCCAAGCAUUGAUCUUUGUGCAGGAGAAGGUAACCAGUGCACCUACAUGAACCUGACCAACAGCUCCCCAGCCAUUGCAGCAAAUCCUGGCACCUCAUCCCACUGGUCUCCUAACCGUCAGAGAAAGCAAGGUGGCCCUCUCCCAAACCAGGUGCAUAACCAACUUCAGGAGCCCAGAAGUCAGGUGUUUCACGAGCACUGUGAGCUCCCACAGCCUGAGUUCUCAGUUCCUGCUGGUGGGGAUGUGGACGAAUUCAGCAAUAACUCUGAUUUCUCUGAUGACUGGGACGAUGAACAGAGUGACUCUCAGGAGAAUUAUGCAUUAGAGAACAGCCAUGAAGCAAGCUCACAGUACCAGAACACUGAACCAGGUGGCAGUGGUGGUUUUGAUGGUAUGGAGGAGAGUGCUGAAAGGCAAGAUUAUUAUUCUAAUGUUGGUGAGGACCCCUUUGACACAUCUCAUGUCAGGUGUUAUGAUGAGCCUCCUCUAGACACUUCUCAUGAGGAAAAUAGCAGUAGUGUUGGAAUUACAGAUCAGGCUUCAGCAGUGAACAGAGCUCCUCAGCAGAAUGUGUCAUCCCAGCCUCACUCUGAGUCCAGCAGUUUUACUCGUGCAGUAUCAGAGGAUAAGAACAGGCUUCCAGUAAGUGUGUCAUCAAGUGGUUACCAGACAAACAGACCAGCACCCAGCCCAAAUGUGCCAUCUGGAGGGGCAUCCUACUUGACCUCAGGAAGAAUAGAACCCAGUCACAUGUCAGGGACGAGUGCCUCCACCUCCUCCUUGGUCAGCAAGUUGGUGAGCUCUUCACGUCACAGCUCAAGGCCAUCCAAAAACCUUAACUGCUCCACAGAUCUGCAGGGGCAAGAGACUCCAGAAAGCAGAAAUGAAGAUAGGUUAAGUGAACAGAUUGGUCAAAUGUGGAUAACUAACAUAGCACAGCCUGAAAAAAUGAACACUACAUUGUCCCAUUCAGCACCACAGGGCUCUAAUAUACCUCCUGUAAGAGAUCUGGUCCCCUUUACUUCCCCUUCCUCCUCUUCCUCCUCCCCCUCAAUGUCAUCGUCUUUAGUGUUGUCCUCAUCCAAUUGGAGUAACAGGCAGUCCAUGGGAAAUGUUCCAAACAGAUAUUCAGGGGCUGCCUCGUCAAGUGUACCAAGGGAGGGUGCCCACGUGACCCUCCAUAUGUCAGGAAGUGCAUUGUCACCCCAGCUAGCUCUGCCAUCGCCACUCACACCUACAGUAGCAUCCAGUCUUCCCAAAUUAGACCCAUCCUUCAUAGCUGAGCUGGAAAAGACACUUGGGAAAGAUCAAGCCUCUGCCAAUACAUUCAUGGACAGGAACAUGAAGGUCAACAAUGUACAGAGUAUAUCAUCCUUGCCUGGUACAGUUCCUGCCCUUCCACCUCCUCAGCAGCCAAGCACAGGCAGACACUCUAGCUCAAGACAAAACUUCAACACAGUAAUGCAGCAGCAAACAUCUACAAUUACUACUACUACUACUACUAUUAACACUGUCAUCACCACCACCACAAUCAACAGUGCCUUCUCAGACUUGGAUGUCCUCAGCUCCUCUCGUACUCUUGGUCUCGCCUCUAGCCACAAUAUUGACACCAGUCAGUAUUUCCGCAAAAAUCCUACUACACAGUCUCUCCAGCCAUCAAGAAGCUCAAGUAUGAUGGCACAGUCCUCUCAGCUUGCAGCACAUCAAGCAGGAUUUGCACCUCAUAGGCUGUCUGGGAUGUUGUGGGGCACUGUGGAGGGUAGCAAGCCGACACCAGCCAUCUCCAACAUGAGCAGUGUGGCUGGAGGGAUGCAGAUGAGCUAUGAGUGGCAGCAGAAGCAACAGUAUCUUCAGCAACAACAGCAAUAUCUUCAGAAUCAGCAGCAUCAGCAACAACAGCAGUAUCUCCAUAAUCAACAGCAACAGCAACAGUUUUAUCUUCAGAGUCAACAACAACCUCAUCACCAGUACCUGCAAAAUCAACAACAGCAGCAGCAGCAGCAGCAACAACAACAUCAGAUGGCACAAUUUACUCAACAGACAGUUGCCUCUUCUGGCCCUUCCAUCAAUUUUCCAUCUCAGUCCAGGAUACCUCAUUCACCUCAGCCUGCUCAGGAGUCAUCUCCACCCCAGAGCACCAUAUUACAGCCCACCCUUGUCCUCAACCCUCAAGUUACUGUCAAUUACAACCAGUUACAGGUGGUGUGUGGUGGUGGUGGUAGUGGUGGGAGCAAGGGGGCCAAGGGUGAGGCGCUAGUAUACCGCAUCACUGCCGUGGUGCCAGGGACCUCGGAGGCCGCAGCACGGCAGGCCCUGCAUGUGGCCUGCGGGGAUUACCUGGGGGCUGUUCAGUACCUCAAGGUGGAAAAACUGUACAGGUUAGGAGUUGUCAAUAAUAAAGACAAGUGUAAGGAAGUGUUGGAAGCCAACAGCUGGGAACUGGAACGCUCUGCCUCGGCCCUGCUUGACCUGUAUCCUGAUGUUGAGUCUCCAAAGGUUUAGCCACUCCCAAGGAGGACAUUCCCUUCUGUCCUGCUGUAGUAGGUAUUAUGCUAGAAAUACUAACAUGUUUGUAUCAAGAAACAUGUCCAGGCUGUGAUAUCCAUAGGAACAAAGGUGUUAGUGUUUUGAAUUUACAUUUUUUUUUUUUUUUUUUUUUUUUUUUUUUU